AUGUUCCUAUUCAUUCUUGUCUUGCCAUUGUUGAUUCAUGUGUUGUUGUCUGGUGGUUUGUUCUAUUACAGAUAUCUAGAAUUUGAGAAGGAAAGAAAGAAGGUCAAUUCCGAAGAAUAUUUAUCCCGAAAGCAUGUGGUUAUUACAGGAGCAAGCUCUGGUAUUGGUGAACAACUCUGCAAACAUUAUUGCCAAGUGGGAAGAAAAAACAAAAUUGUUAUUGCAGCCCGUAAUGUCGAUAAACUUAAUGAAUUGAAAGAGAGUUUGUUAAAAGAAUACUCAAAUAGAGGACAUGACAUUCUUUGCCUAAAAAUUGAUGUUUCAGUUGAGAGUGAUUGCAAAGAAUUAAUUGAAAAGAGUUUAAGUUUUUUGGAUGACAGAAUUGACACUAUUUAUUUGAAUGCUGGAAGAUCUAGUCUUCAAAUACUUUCUGAAGCUAAAGAUCUUGAGGGUCAUAGAGCUUUGAUGAACACUAAUUUCUAUGGAUGCAUUGCCCCUACUUUUUAUUUAUUACCUCAUUUGAGAGAACGACAAAAUAGCAAUUGCCAUAUUUGUGUAGUUUCAUCGUUGGCGGGCUUGACAGGAGUUUGUCGUAGAACUGCAUACUCAGCCUCCAAGUUUGCAUUGCAUGGAUUUUAUGAAGCUUUAAAGUUAGAAUUAAUGAAAGAAGGAAUUUAUGGAAAGAAAGUUACCCUCUCACUAGUCUGUCCUGGAUUUGUAAAGACUGCCAUUCAUUUCAAUGCACUUGGAACCAAAGAAUCCACUAAUGUGAAGAGAGAUUUGAAUGAAUUCAUGUCUGUUGAAGAAUGUGUUGAAAGGAUGGUCACAAACACAGAAGGAGCAAAUUCACAAUUCCUCUUUAUUGUCCCAUACACUGAAAGACUUCUCAUCCAAUACAUUAGACCAUGGAUCCCAUCCCUCAUUCUUGAUAAAAUUGUCUUGAAAAAAGGAGACUCUGUUCAGCUUGAUCAAUAA